CACCACAAGAAAAGUGUAACGUAGUCCGACACCAUGAAUGUAGAAUCAUGGGCACAAAACAACGUAGGCAUUUUCAUUAUCGCCUGUCGAGUCAGUGAAAAGGAAACUCAAUCAUGAUAAGCCAGGAUAUAUUCCUGGUACUGCAAUGAAUUGAUAUUCACAUAUUUAUGGUUGGUUCAGGCAUUCUUGGGUUGCACAAUCAGUAUAAUAAGGAGUUUCCAUAUAUAUAUUUUUUGUCGUCCAAGAAGUAGGAAAGCUGUGAUAUAUGGAAAUGCAGAGUAGCAGUGGAAUAGGUAGAGGUGGUAAAAGUGCUGAGUCAGAAGAUGAAGAGUUUGAAGUGGAGGACCUUCAGGAGCCCACCGAAUCUACUUGGAAGAACUAUUUCAGGUUGAUUUGGAAUUGCUCUGGAGUACUUGAUCAGUCCAUUAACAGUAGAAGUGGAAAUGGCAGAGAAAUCACCACAAGAGGUAGAGGCCAUUCUCAUGGAUUUGUUAUUGAACCUAACAACAGGUGGUAUCAAUUGUGGACACACUUCAUAUUGUUAUGGGCAGUGUACUCAUCCUUCUUCACCCCCCUGGAAUUUGCCUUCUUCAGAGGUCUUCCUGAGAACCUCUUUCUUCUAGACAUUGCUGGACAAUUUGCUUUCCUUAUAGAUAUUGUCGUACGCUUCUUUGUUGCCUACAGACAACCACACUCUCAUUGCAUGGUCUAUAGUCACAGCCGCAUUGCUAUACGCUACUUGAAAUCCCAGUUUAUGCUUGAUCUUCUUGGUUGCUUUCCAUGGGACUACAUUUACAAGGCUUCUGGGAGAAAGGAGCCAGUCAGGUACCUGCUAUGGAUCAGGCUUAGCAGGGCGCUUAGAGUGACAGACUUUUUUAAAAAGCUUGAGAAAGACAUCCGCAUCAAUUAUCUUUUCGCCAGGAUCAUAAACCUUUUUGUUGUUGAGUUAUAUUGCACACAUACGGCUGCCUGCAUCUUUUACUAUCUUGCUACCACUCUGCCUCCAUCAGAGGAAGGUUAUACAUGGAUAGGAAGUUUACAAAUGGGAAGCUACAAAUAUACACACUUCAGAGAGAUUGAUCUUUGGACCCGUUAUAUAACCUCACUUUACUUUGCUGUUGUUACUAUGGUUACUGUUGGUUAUGGGGAUAUUCAUGCUGUCAACACAAAAGAAAUGAUAUUCGUCAUGAUAUAUGUUUCUUUUGACAUGAUUCUGGGGGCUUAUUUGCUGGGUAACAUGACAGCAUUGAUAGUGAAAGGAUCCAAAACUGAGAGAUUCAGGGAUGCAAUGGCUGAUCUCAUUAGUUUCAUGAACAGAAACAGGCUCGGAAAGGACCUAAGAAUGGAGAUAGAAAGACAUGUUCGAUUACAAUACGAGAGUGGUUAUACUAGUGCUUCUGCUCUUCAGGAUCUUCCGGUAUCUAUCAGGACUAAGGUUUCACAAAAGUCAUACGAGCCGUACAUUAGAAAGGUUCCACUUCUCAAAGGAUGCUCAGAUGAGAUUAUCAAUCAUAUGGCCCUCAAUGUCCAUGAAGAAUUUUUCCUUCCAGGAGAACUGAUUAUAGAACAAGGAAGUAUGGCUGAUCAACUGUACUUCGUUUGUCACGGGAAACUGGAUGAAGUCCGAAGAUAUGAAAAUGAAAGAGAGGAACCACUCUUGAGUCUUGAAACUCACAGUACAUUUGGUGAAGUUUCGGUUCUUUGUAAUGUCCCAAUACCAUACACAAUCCGAGUUGUUCAAUUAUGUAGACUACUGCGAAUUGACAAGCAGCAUUUCCUGGAUAUCCUUGAUACAUACUUUCUUGAUGGCCGGAUAAUCAUCAAUAAUCUCCUUGAGGGUGUUCAGGGGAAGGAAUCAAACAUAGAAAAUAUCAUAAAGGAAUCUAAGACCACACUUCAUAUUGCAAAACAUGAAUCUGAGUUGGCUAUGAAAUUAAACUGUGCUACAUAUGAUGGAGAUCUUUAUCGACUACGGUGUUUUAUUGGAGCAGGAGCAGAUCCAAAUAUGUCUGAUUACAAUGAUAGGUCACCUCUGCACGUUGCUGCUCGGAAGGGUUAUGAAGAUAUAGCUCAGUUCCUUAUUGAAAAGGAUGCAAAUGUCAAUGCCAAAGAUUAUUUCGGAAACACCCCGCUGCUGGAAGCAGUCAGGAAUGAGCACGAUGAAGUGGCUUCCUUGCUCGUCAAUGCGGGGGCAACACUAAUGCUAGAUCAUGUUGGAACUUUUCUCUGUGAGGCAGUUGCAAGCAGAGAAUUAGAAUUUCUGAAGCGACUAUUGUUCAAUGGUGCAAAUCCUAAUGCCAAAAAUUUUGACAUGAGGACGCCACUGCACAUUGCUGCAUCAGAAGGAUUAUAUCCAGCAUCAGUCUCCCUUUUAGAAGCUGGAGCCAGUGUCCUUUCAGUAGACAGAUGGGGCAAAACUCCAGUAGAUGAAGCCCGAGUGGGUGGAAACAAGAGCCUAAUUAAUCUGCUGGAGAAUGCAAAGCGUGCUCAGUUAUCAGAAUUUUCUGAAUCCUUUGAAAGAAACCAAGGCUCAGUUAUAAUAGAGCAAGAACAAAGGAAAUGUACAGUGUUCCCCUCUCAUCCCUGGGAUAAUUUAGAUGGCAGAAGAACUGGAGUUGUUUUAUGGGUUCCACAGAAUAUGGAUGAUCUCAUUAGAACCGCAAAGGAACAAUUGAAAGUUUACAAUGGUUCCUGCAUAUUAUCAGAAAAUGGUGGCAAGAUUCUUGAUGUUAGAAUGAUCUCUGAUAAUCAAAAUUUGUUUCUAGUUAAUGAAGCAUCAUAGAUAAACGUACAUAAACUAUGCAGUAGUAGAACCAAGACCUUUGUUCGGGGAUGCAAUAAUUUUAGUUUCAACUUACAAAUUACAAUA